CUCUCUCUCUUCUCCUUCUCUUCUUCUUCUUCUUCUUCUUCUUGUGUCUUCUUUUCUUGUCUUCUCCUGAGACGGCGGCUUUGGGUGCGCUGCUCGGGCUCCUCGUUCCUCUGCGUCGUCAUCUUCCCCCCUGGCCCUCUCUCUCCCCCCGAACCUCUCCUGCUGCUCUCGCGACCUCGCCCGCCAGUACUCAGUACAUUCCUCGCUUUGGUGGACUUUGAACUUGACUGUCCUCUGGAAUACCUUCGUCCGGCCCUGAACUUGAUCCUCUGGACUCGGCUUCCUCCGUCGUCGUCUUCUCUUUUUGUGCUGCUUCUUGCUGCUGCUGUUGGGCUUGUCUUGUCUUGUUUCAGUACUCCGGCUCUUUUUUUUUUUGUGUCCAGCGUCUACCACGGUCUUCUCUUCUCUUCUCUUUUUCCAUUUUUAUUACUAUCUUCUUCUCCCUUCCAGGCUCUUCACUUCUCACCACGCCAGCCGCCAGCUCGUCUCAUUCCUCCUCCUCCAUCUUCUUCUCGCGUGUCCAGCCUCUAGUCUUCAUGGGUAGAUCUACUUGAGUUACCUGCCUUCUCCUCUCCCUCUCUCUCCCUCUCUCUCUCUCCACAGGCAAAAACCUCCUAUUUUUUCGAUACCAUCGUGUAUCAACAUGGCCGCUCUGGUCCAAACCAUUCCACAGCAAGCCGGCACGAUCACCUUGCUGCAGCCUCGCCCUGCUUCCUCCUCCUCCUCUGCAACCUUCAACUCCUCUGCCCAGCUCCACAACCAGCCUCAGAUGGCCCGGAACCAAAACCACGCCCGGUCUCAAAACGGGGGCUCUGGCUCUGGCUCUGGAUCGGGUUCUGGUUCUGGCUCUGGCUCUACCUCUACCGGCUACCGACUCACCCAGCCAGUGGCCCCUUAUGCCUUCACUGCCACGCCCGGGCUGCCUGCAAACUCACAUCGACAGACCCAGACUCAGAGUCAGGCACAGAACACCAACCACAACUACCCCGGAACCAUCCCUCCACGUACACACUACGCUACUACUACUACUACCACUACUACUGCUGGCUCGGUAUCCAAUUCUUCUUCCUCUAAUUCGUCUCUCCAUUCAUACCCGUCCAAGGAUGACUCUUCUUCCCUCUCCAAACGCCAGAACCCCUCCGAACUAAAUCUACGCCCUGUUUCGGCAAUCGACCUCUCUCCUGCUCCCCCUCAGCCAUCAGCUUCACCCUCAACAGCAAACAAGCCUUCUCCAGACAGAUAUCGCCGUGGCCAGCGCCGUGGUGACCAGACUGCCUCUCCCGCUGCUACCGUCACCACUUCAGACUCUGGCUCGGCUGGCAUGGCUACCGCUCAGACUGCCAAAUCUCUCACCCCGUCGAUAAUCGAUAUACCCAGCAGACCACACCAUGUUCGCGGAUCAAGUGCCGAUGCGGCCGUGACUGAUGGCUCCAGCCAUUCGAGUACCGAGCUGGCUAAGCGUUACCGCCGUAGAAGCAUGGGUAGUAUCGAUCCUGCUGGGUUUCUCACCUUUUCCGACUCUCACCCAUCUCCACACGCAAAUGAGAUGGCUCUCUCUGAGUUUCCUCUGAGUGGCACUCCCCCUCCUCCAAAUUCCAUGGCAAAGGCUGCUGAUACCUCGUCUAUCAACUCCUCUUCUGGUUCAGUUAAAUCUGAAAAAGGAGCGGAAACCACCACAACUUCCCAACCGACCAACAUUACAAACACCAACAACACCAGCAACGCUAACAACAACAACAACAACAACAACAAUAAAAAAGCUACGAUGGCUCGUCCCUCUGACACGUCAAAGCGAUCGGGCACUCCUUCUCCUUUGUCGAAACCAGUUAAUAUUGAUGCUGAUGAGACUGUAACGCCUACCACGACCUCAAAAUCUACACCUGACACGAAAAAUCAGCCGCCAAAGGUGGCAGAGACUCCUAGCCCGGCCGCAAAACGCCUUAUUGAAAUCUCAAAGAAGGGUCAAGGAAAAGGAGCAAAGUCACGGCUACGGCGUGCACUUUCCUUCAGCAGUGUUGCCGAGCUACGUGGUAUCUCUAACCCCGAACCGACUGUUAGCUCACCACGCAAACAACAGCUUGAUGAAGAGCUGGGGCCCGAACAAGCUGCCAUUGCGGCCAAGCAGGAAGCCGGUGGGUUGGGCGAGAGUAUCUACUCUGGCCAAGGUAACAUCUUCACCGGCUCCACGGAUAACAUCUCCGUCUCCUCGACCGCCUCGUCAGCCUCCAUCAUGCUCCGCAAAAUGGGCAACGGCGUCAAACGAUCCACUCGUUCCUUGGUCGGCCUCUUCCGACCCAAAUCUGUCUACAACGCCCCCACAGACACGUCUCGGAUCGCCGUACCGGUCCCGCAGGUCUCUAUGGUAACAGUAGAGGCCCAGCGAGAUGUCGCCGGCAAGGGACCACCAGUUCUGCCCGAGAUUGGCGCGGGUGCAGCGAAGCAAGAGAUUGCAGAGCGUCGUCGGUCAGUUGAGUCAGAUGGCAGCACCAGUGCUGAUCGAAGUGGCAGGAAGAGCAUCUUUGGUGGCGACCAGGAACGUGCUGAGGUCCUGGCCGCAGUUAGAAAGGGCAUUCUAAAAAAAUCAGGCACCAACUCCUCAAACUCCUCUCCCGUCAUCCGCCCCACAACAGAUCUUGCUCCUGUCCCAACUCUUCAGCGUCCCGAAUCCCAGCGCUCCAGCAGCGCUCCAAGCAGCUCCGCCGGUGACCGUCCCCCACGAUCUGGUCACCGACGCACCGACUCCGUCACCAUCGAAGGAGAAGACUACUUCCUCCCCGGCGGCCGCUUCACCACCUCUGGCCAAAGCGCCCCCGGUACCCCACAAUCCACCACCGGUCGAAAUAUUUCUUUCAGUCCCAGAAUCCAGUUCCACGAUACCUGGCCCAGCGGCGAGUAUGAUAGACGUGGAGACGUGGCGACAUGUAAUCGUCUAACUCCGCUGCUUGCCCAGCAGAUUAAGGAGGAACUUAAUACUUUCAAAAUGGUAUGUAAAUCCUUUUUUAACUUUCUACUACUCACCUUGAUAUCCAAAUGCUAACGCCUUCGAUCGUUUAGGAAAUGGAAGUUCACGAAUCUUCCAAGGUCUACACCCACUUCUUUUAAUGAACCUUUCUUUGCAUAUUUGGCGGCGUUCCCUUCUCCAGGACGACGGUCAGGCGUUUCCAAAUCCAAAUCUGUAUCAAAUCUGUCCCUCGUUUUCACUCUCUCCAAAUCACCCCUCUUCCCUCUCAUAGCCACACUACCAACUGUCCCUUUGUUCUUCACAUUGAUCCCGACCUUACCUGAACUUGAUCCUUGAACCUGAAGCUAUCUUGAACUCUUACUUUACUGUCUUUGUAAUGGCUGCGGUUUUCGUCUAUUUAGUAUGCUUGUUUUUUUACCUGUUUUCUUGUCUCGCUUGUUCCCUUCAUGUGAUCGAUUUGAUUUGAUUUCAUCUCAGUUGAUUCCAGUUGAGCUCUUCCUGCCUGCCUGCGUAUGUGCGAGUGCAAAUGGUUACUUUUCUUUUUCUUCUUUCUUUUUCUACCCUGCUGAAAUAAAGAGAUGGGGAUGGACGGACACAUGGACGGAUUCCAAUCUACAAACUAACUCCCUACUAACCUGGUUGCUCGCUUGCUUUCUCGCUCUCUCGCUUCUCUCUAAACUGUUAUCUCCGACCCUUUUCCCUGUUCUUUCUUACUUCCCUUGCUCGGCCGUGACGCGCCUCGCAAACGUGACGUCGUCUUCAUCUCGGUCCUCGGUUAUCUUCCCCCGACCGUCCUGGGCCGACUUCUGACUUCGAUCAGACCAGUUUAGUUUCUCUUCUACAGUUCUUUUCAAGUCUAAUAACGACAGCGAGAAACCAUUCAUGUUCUCCAUCCGAUUUCUUUCUUUCUCUCUCUCGCUUUUCUUCCGUCUUUCUUUCCCUUUCGUCCAUUGCUCGCUUAGGCUUAGAUC